UGCCGUUUCCAGGCUCUCGCCAUUUGGGGUAAAAACGCUCUCUUUCCCCCCUCCUCCUAUCUCUCUCUUUCUCACGCCUCUUUAUCUUCUUCCUCUAAAUUUAGCAACCCUCCUCACCUUUCCCAAGUUUAACAGGGAACCCAAAAAGAGCCAAAGAGAGCUCCUUCUCAGCGAGAGAAAACAGAGAUUUUUUGUAUUGAUAAAAAAUCAGUUUGGUUUUCUAGGCUUUUGAGGUUUCGAUCAAUUGGGUUUGUGCGUUUUGAGGCUCUCGAGAAUGGGUAGAGGCAAGAUUGAGAUCAAGAGGAUCGAGAAUGCGAAUAGCAGGCAAGUCACAUUCUCAAAGAGACGUGCUGGCCUGCUCAAGAAGGCUCAGGAACUCGCUAUUCUCUGCGAUGCCGAGGUCGCUGUUAUUAUCUUUUCCAACACUGGAAAACUCUUUGAGUUUUCCAGUUCUGGUAUGAAUGCAACACUUUCAAGGUACAAGAAGUGUCUAGAUUCUCCUGAGGCUGCUAUGGUAGAAUACGGAGCAGAGAAGCAAGACCCAAAGGAGGUGGAUGUUCUAAAAGACGAAAUUGCAAAGCUACACAUCAAACAGUUACGGUUGUUGGGCAAGGAUCUGACUGGCGUGGGCUUAAAAGAAUUGCAGCACCUUGAACAGCAAUUAAGUGAAGGAUUAUUGUCAGUGAAGGAGAGGAAGGAGCAAUUACUGAUGGAGCAGCUGGAGCAAUCUAGAAUGCAGGAGCAGCGGACUAUGUUGGAGAAUGAGACUUUGAGGAGACAGGUUGAGGAGCUUCGAGGUUUUUUUCCACCAGCUGACCACCCUGUCUCAUCUUAUCUCGAAUAUUACCCUGUGGAAAGGAAAAAUAGCUUUGCAAACCACAGUGUUGCCAGUCCUGACGUGUGCUGCAAUUACCGAUUUGUGAAAGAAGAUUCAGACACUACCUUGCAUUUAGGGCUGCCAAUUGAUGUUUAUCACAAGACAAAGGAACCAGAGAGAGACGCCCUUUCUAAUAACAGAGGGAGCCAAAUGGGCCUCUUCUGAUAUCUUUAUUCCAGGCCAUCUCCUUUUGCUUUCAAUAUAACUGAUACAACUGACUUCAUAGUUCAUACAGUUGACUCUAGUUUAGCAGUUUUUGUUGAUGCUCCAUUUUAUGCCAUAUAAAAUAUAAAAGAAGAAGAAGAAGAAGAAAGAGAAUAGUGGGAUCCCUAGCUGAUUCCAAAAUCAUCAAAUUGGAGAUAGGAGGCUUGGCUAAUUGGGAGGCAAAAUGUCGUAGCUCUAGUUUCACUAGUCUUUAUGGCAACGUUGAUAUAAUUUGCAAAGUAUAUUAGCUUUC